UCUGACUCUCCGAUCACGUCCCUGUCUAUGAGUCGCACGAAAACUCGUACUUUUAUACCGAGGUUAAAUAUAGGGGGCUGGUCGGUGCGCAGCGUCCUCAUCCUGGACGCGUUUCCUUCCCCCAGUCUCGCAUUGGUCUGAUUUGCGCAGCGAACAAUAUUUAUAAGAAAAGCGGCUCCUUCCAGACGCACAGCUGCACAUGAGUUGAGGCAGAACGGCUGAAGAAGCGACGCGCUCUGUAGCGUUUUCUGGAGAAUCAGUGAACUCUGGGGAUUUCCUUUAAACAGAGAAAGUGUUUAUCAGUAUUUAAGGAUUUUCCCCCUUUUUUGCAAUAACGCAUAGAAAUGGACUUGAGUGGGACCAUUUUACCAUCAAUAUCCACAUUUGCCAACCAAAAGGAGAAAUGUUGGGAAGACAGGUGGAAGGGCGGUAUGAGCAGCGUUGCGCCCGACAUGGACAGCAGCUGCCUAGACAGAAAAGACGAAGAAGACCUGGAUAAAUUCUUGGAUCUGGAGUUUAUUCUAGCAAACACCGCUGGCUCCGACAGUGCGCCGGCCGCCGGCACAGGGGUAGAGCCCUACCGGCUCCAGGACUCCGGGGCGUCCUUGUAUCAGCAGCAGCACACGGAGGUGUCCCGGCGACAGACCAAUUACUCAUCUGUCCCAGACAUGAACUGCCCUCCUCCGCCCUACAACAGCCUGAUGGCGGAGCUCCUUCGCUCCGAUGUUGAUGCCAGCUUUCUUCCCGAUAACAGCCCCAACAUCCAGGGCAGAUUCCUGAUCAGCUCCACACCUUUUCAGACAGCACAGGAUUUAUUCCCCGAGCAUCCGAGUAUUAAAGUGGAGCCUACCUCCAUGGACACAUACGGGCCUGUCAUGGGUCUGGUGCCUCAGAGCUGCAUCAAAAUAAAGCACGAGGGGAAUGUGUCCUGCAUGAUGUCAUACGAGCAGCAGCCGCGACUGGCUAAUUCCCCGCAGGCUGCAGUCGGCAGCAUGACGCCGCCGCUCAGUCCGGACGACCUGAUGAGCUCCGAGUGCCAGCCCCAGAUGUGCAACUCUACCUCGCUGACGUUCCCGCAGAACUUCCACCACCACAGCGCGCCCAGGGGAUACUCUCACCCCCAUACUGGGAUGCAGCUCCCAUUCGCCAGCGCGCACCACCAUCACCAGUUUCCUGGCAUGUUCGCCCGGCCGGGGGCCUGCCACCCGCAGCGGCCCGCCGGCCAGCGGGUUCUGCUCACUCCACCGUCCUCCCCGCUGGAAAUGAUGGACAUCAAGCCAAAGAGGGGUCGACGGUCCUGGCCGAGGAAACGGACUGCGACACACACCUGCACUUUCACCGGCUGUGGAAAGACCUACACCAAGAGCUCCCACCUGAAGGCGCACCUCCGGACGCACACAGGAGAGAAACCAUAUCACUGCAGCUGGGAAGGCUGCGGCUGGAAGUUCGCUCGCUCCGACGAGCUUACGCGUCACUUCCGGAAGCACACCGGACACCGGCCUUUUCAGUGUCACUUGUGUGAACGGGCGUUCUCCCGGUCCGACCACCUCGCCUUGCACAUGAAGAGGCACAUGUGAGGAAAGAUCUGAAGGACAAAAAUGUCGCAGACAAGGACUUCGGUGCAUCGCAUAGACCCGAUAGAAAGAACUAAUAAUAAACCUGUGAUCAGUUGCAGAAGGGAGCUGUGCGAACAUGCAGAUGCAAGUUCCUUUAAUAUGAGGAAACCAGUUGUGUUAUAGGAAUAUUAUAGUCUUGUUUUGUAACUGGGGCAAAAGGGCCAUCAAGACAAAAUUUCCUCAAAUUAUAGAAAAACAACUGACUAAAACAAUGAGCAAAUACAGCCCAAUAUGACAGAAACAGAUGAAUCCUGUUCAGACAGACAGUGUUAUAUUACAGUGUAGCUGGUACUACUUAUUUGUAUGGAGUAUUGUUUCUAUAGACAACCACUUAAAGGAACGAUUCGCUCACCAUGUCAGGCACUGAAGUAACUGGAAGCAGAGCAAUGAUUUUUUUUUUUUUUUUGUAUUUUCACCAUUAGUGCCUUCUAUAACUCGUUAUUACACCUGUCAUAUUCUUCACUGGCCAAAGACAAUCAAAGUUUUAUUCUUUGUGUUAUACUGGAAGUGUAACUAGUACGUGAAAUAAGCUGAGACAGUAUUUUGUUCUAAGAUUGCCUUUUAUUCUGUAUUCCUCGAAGGCUUGAACUGAAUGUUGUGUCUGUCUACUAGCAUUUGAAGUCAGGGUCUUACAGUAGGAACUCUCACAGGAGCGCCACCUGAUCGACAAAGGGCUACAUAGCUUUUGGCAAUAAGUUCUGUUUGUCUUGAAGAAAUGUUCUGUCUUGUAAAUAGAACCUUUUUAUAUAAUGUGAAUAGUUUA